AUCAUAACCUCAUUGGUUAAAGUUCUAAACAACAGAUUUUAAGGAAAUUUCAUUAUGCAAAAUGUAACGUUCUCUGAUUUAUAGAUUUCCUUCUCAAUGUAACGACGAGAAGUAGACCUUACAUGUGUGAAAUGGCGUGGCGAACAUACGUUUCCUGUAGGGGGUAAUCAGGCAUAAAUUGUGACCCCUUUUGACCCCAACUGACCCUCGCACAGGUCACGGGCGUCUCUCUCUGAAGAAAGGAACGCGGCGGUCGCGGUCACGUCUUUUCCUAGUCUUUUCCAGCGAUUUGAUCUACUCUUCGUGUUUUGUUGACUGCUUCAGACUGGGAGAAAUAAGUGAAGACAGAGAUGGCUGAUUCCAAGUUUGGAGAUCACCAACAAGAGCAGACCAGGGACAAACCCUACAUGUGCGGGGAAUGUGGGUACAGAACUGCUCAUAAGAUUGCCUUGGACAGACAUAUGAGAACUCAUACUGGAGAGAGACCCUUCAAGUGUGACAAGUGUGAUUAUUCUGCAGCAUGGAAAUCCGCUUCUGAACCGCCAUCGACUAAAAACACCCCGGUGAGAAACCCCUACAUGUGCGGGGGAAUGUGGAUACAGAACUGCUCAUAAUAUGCCCUUGGACAGACAUAUGAGAACUCAUACUGGAGAGAGACCCUUCAGGUGUGACCAAUGUGACUAUUCUACAGCCCAGAAAUCUAAUUUGGACUGCCAUCGAAUGAGACACACCGGUGAGAAACCCUACAUGUGUGGGGAGUGUGGGUACAGGACGGCUUAUAAGUCUGCCUUGGACAGACAUAUGAGAACUCAUACAGGAGAGAGACCCUUCAGGUGUGACCAAUGUGACUAUUCUACAGCCCAGAAAUCUAAUUUGGACUGCCAUCGAAUGAGACACACCGGUGAGAAACCCUACAUGUGUGGAGAGUGUGGGUACAGGACGGCUGAUAAGUCUGACUUAUCCAGACACAUGAGGACUCAUAUGGAGGGAAAAUACAAAUGUGACCAGUGUGACUACUUUACUGGGAAAAAAUGGGUUUUGGACUGCCAUCGUCUCAAACACACUCGUCAGGUUGCAAGCCCUACUAGUACAUGUGUUGGUAGUGUGGGUACAGAACAGCUAUGAGGUCUGACUUAUCCCAACAUAUGAGAACUCCCCACAAGUGUGACUUACUUACUUAGACUUAGCAGCUCCCACGUUGUGCGACGCAUGAGGCAGUUAGAAGGUUCCAGCCAGUGUGACCAGUGUGAGAAAAAGGCUUUGAUUACAGAGUAGCAAAACCUUUUUGUCACAUUGAAUUUGUGAAUGGAACAAGCAUCACAAAGAAGAUCUGGAUAUACGAGAUAUUGUCAGAUUUAUAUAGAAAUGAGAAAUUAUCUACUGAAGUUUAAGUAUGUGCUAGAAAAAAGGAACCAAUAUUUGAAAUAAUUCUGUUAUGAUAAAUUGUAAGUUACAACAAAUGGCAUGAUAUUGCAUUGGUAUGAUUAUAUUGCAGUGGUUUGGUAAUAUGUUGACGAGACUGUAGUUAUGUAUUGAUGAACUGCAGGGUUGUGAUAAGGAGAUUGUAAAGCAAGUGCCAGUGGGGAUAUGACCACAAUGAUACAUGUCACCAGUGGAAGAUGGUGUGCACCAUCAUUAAAGAAUAAACAAACCGGA